AUGACUGAUUCAGAUGAAGCUCACAGUCACCCAUUUGAUGAAAAUAAUAACGCAAGAUUGAACUUAACGAGCACCGAGUUACAGGCUAUGUUAGAUACAGCCGUAAACAAAGCCGUGGACCGUGUGUUAAAGAAUCAUAUGCGAAAGUGCGAUAAUACCCCAAAUAAGGGUUACAAAAAGGGUAAGGCCGGUUCAAACCAGUCCAAGCCAAAUGAGGCAAAAUCCAAAUGUAAAACCCACGGGAAGCAGCACAUCGGAAAAUGUUUCCAUGAACAGACCAGGGGAUGUGGCAUCUGUAAGGAGAUGGAUCACAAGAAUCAUGAAUGCAAGGACUUGAAGGACGCCACAUGCUAUGGUUGUGACGAGAAGGGGCACAUAAAGACUCGCUGCCUAAAGAAGGCGACUAAAGGGAAAUGCACUUUAGAGUCACAAGCUAAGCCUUGUGGAAUCUGUAAUAAAGAAGGGCACAAAACUUUGGAGUGCCAAGACAUAAAGGACGCAACCUGCUAUGGUUGUAAUGAACUAGGGCACAUCAAAACUAAUUGCCCAAAUAAAACUAAGAAGCCUGGAGAGGCUAAGAAGACCAAAGCUGGAGUCUCUUAA